CAACAGAUAGUUUAUAACUUGAUCUUCUAAGUCAGUUGUUAACCUUUCAUUAUCAACUUAAUUUUUUAGCCACUUUGUAUAGUUAUCUUAUUCUAACAUCACCUAAGCCAACUAUCAAUACAUAUAAUAACCACAAAUGUGACUGAUAAUUUUUAUUAGAAUAUAUAAUGACCACUAGGCAAUGCCACAAUAGGAAAUAUUUUCGAGAGAAAGGAUCAAUCAGUCACUUUCUUCAUCUUCCUUUGCUCUCCUUGAUAUCAAAACAAGAAUUCACAAUCUAGGUUUGUAUAGCAAAACACUAUGGACAGGCUUGUGAAGCCAGAUGUGAAGGAAGUGAACAUAAUAUUCAACCGAAACCAAAAAUGUUUCGCCACCUUCAAGCUUAGCAAUCUCAUGCACACCAUGAAUGUUGCUGUUUCACUUACUACUACCAAUCCAUCUCUUCUUUCUUUUUCAAAUCCGCUGUCUAUCAUCCCACCUCUCUCGACUAUGUGUUUCACUCUUAUGUUAUCUAAGCCUUCUGCUCAGCCUCCUUUAUCUAGUCCUCUGGAUACGAUUCUAGUCAAGUCAUCGGUGCUUCCCAAAGGAAAGGCUACUCAGGAGGAGCUUCGUCGUAUGUUCUUGAAAUCAGGGUCACAGAUAUUUAAGGAUGCCAUCAUCCCCAUCACCUUUGUAGGCCCUCAUGUUGUCGAAUUCCUCCUCACUCCUGCUCCAAGAAAGCUUGAUAUUUCUUUUCUUCUGGAGAAAGCAAUUUCAGCCUGUGAUGAAUCCCAACUUUCUCUUUUACUGAGAGCUGCUGCUAGGUGUGGGAACUCCUACUUCGCUUCUGUUCUGAUUGAAGCUGGAGCCGACGUGAAUAAUAGGGAUUCAAGCAAGCUGUCUGUGAUGGCACUGGCUGUUCAAUCAGGAAAUGCUGAUCUGAUUGAAAUCUUGAUUGAUUCUGGUUACUUAAUUGAUAAUUCUGUUGAUUGGCUAUUGCACAAAGCUGCAGCUAUGGACCGAGUAGAAUUACUGGAGGUUCUGUGUUUGAGCUGUUUAGAUAUAAAUUUGAAUUCAGCUGAUAUGAAUGGUAGAACAGCUCUUCAUGUUGCUGCAAUUUAUGGACACGUGGAGGCUCUUCGGUUCCUUGUAUCAGUGGGAAGUGAUCCUGAUGUUGUAGACUGUGAUGGCUGGACUCCGCUUCAUUGUGCUUCUGCUGAAGGACACAUUAAAGCAGUUGAAUUUCUGCUAGAUUGUUUAAAAUAUGUGAAAUAUGCAGUUACUAAAGAUGGACAGACUGCUUAUGCUCUAGCAUUCAAAAAGGGGUACUCCAAAUUAUACGACAUGUUACAUUUAGGGGACGUUUUGCAUAAAGCUGCAACAACAGAUGAUGUAGAAGGACUAAAGAGUUGUCUUGCAAAAGGUAUUGAAGUGAACGGAAAGGAUCAAAAUGGUUGGACCCCUUUGCAUAGAGCAGCAUUCAAGGGCCAGAUCAAGAGUGUUAAGCUUUUGCUUAGCUAUGGAGCUAAGACCAAUGUUGUUGAUGAUCAUGGUCACACUCCUCUUCAUCGUGCAGUUGAGGCAGGACAUGUGAACGUGGCAAUGACUUUGAUUGGCCACGGAGCUAAGCCAAAUAUGAAGGGCCUAAAAGGCGCGGUUCCACUGCAUUUGGAAUGUUAUAAGAAGCAUCUGUCUCUCGUGUCUCCUUUAGGCGGGGAGAAAGAAAGAGCUUAAAACUGUUAGAAUACAAUAUGAUCCUCGUAAGCCCUCCUCGUAACACCUUCAGAUUUUAGGAGAACUGAUCACUUAACAUGAUAAUGUAUAAGUUAUUAGUCGCAUUUAUGUGCAUAGUUUUAGUCCAAGGUUGUACAUUCCGGUGCCAAGAAACUAUGUUAGUUUUUAGAUGGCCAUGAAAUGAGAUGAAGUAGAAACCUCUGUUUUCUAUCCAAAUUCGAUGUUUAAGGAAACAAUCAUGUGUACAUAAUCUUCACUUUACUUUCAUGUCUGUUGUGAUUCUUGAAUGAGAAAUACAAUCUGUUAGGU